AUGGGGCUGCCUGUGCUGCUGGGUUGUGUCUCCCUGUGGGCUGGGCUGGCCCUGGCUGAGGUGGGAUCGUUCAGUUCCUGCCAAAAGUAUUUAUACAAAAAGGCUGAGCCAGAGGGGUUCAACACCCAACACACAGCAAAGAUCUGCCAGAAGUAUGACAACGCUUACCACUACGCCACCCUGUACGAUAAGGAAAGCCGCACCCCGCGCUGGUCUGCAUACAUGCUGACGGUUAAAUCAUGUGAAAACCAGCCCCAGAGAAGGAAGAAAUGGUUUGUGGAGCCACAGCUGCUCAGUCAAUACAAGUCCCCGGAGAUGAGUACAGAAGAAUACUCAUCAGGACUGACCCUAGAACAACUGCAAUCCACUCAGGCCAUCAGCAGGGACUAUGGAAACACCAACUAUGACCGUGGACAGCUGAACCCAAACAGCUUCCAGUGUGACAGUGGUCGCACAGCAACCUUCACCCUCACCAACACUGUUCCCAUGAACCACUGCUUCAAUCAGAUGCACUGGCGCAAGCUGGAGGAAAGCCUGAGAGACAAGUUAAAAAAGAACUGCUUCAAUGGGGGAGGAACUGCAUACCUGGUGACGGGAGCUGUUGCCGGCACUGAGAAAAUCCCCAAGAAGGCCGACCAGGAAUGGGACCGUCAACGGACCUACGACCGAGUGGCAGUGGCCAGCCAUAUCUGGACAGCUGUCUGCUGUGACAAUGCCAACAACAACCUCAAGUUCUCCUUUGCCUUCCUUGCAGAGAACAAGGAGGAAUCCAAGCUACGCUUCUUCUCUGUGGAGCAAUUAAACAAGAAGCUGCAGGAAAUGUACAAUACUCAGAACAUCAGGGUCCUGGCAGAUGACUGCAAUGCCCAGAGCCAGAAAACCCAAGAGGUUUUAUCAGCAAUUAAACAAGAUUUGUACAGUGGCUUCUGGGAUUUGAUGCUUAAUUUGUAUCAUCAGGUCCUCCCUUCAGACAAGAGGAAAAACCUUGACAAAGAGACCACCAAGGUAAUGAAGAGCAGAAAUGUGAAUCAGGGCAAGGUGCAGCUUGGGAGUAUUGAGAUUAUUCAGGAGGUCGACAGCACAAAAGAUUGGCACGAGCUGUUUGUGAAAGCGUACGAGCAGGACAGCCUGUCGUGUAUGCUGUCUCAUGCUACAGAUGCCACUGGACUUGCUUACACUUCAGGCACUUCAGGCAGAGUGUGCGCCUUCCAGAAACAAAAACACCUUCCCGUCUCUGACGUUUCAGCACAAGGCUACCGUUGCUUCGGGCAGGCCUGUGGGAAGCACAACGGAGAACCAUACAGCUGGUGUUACAUUUCAGCCAAUAAAGACUGGGAUUACUGCUGUACUGAGAAGUGCAUGAAAGAUUACAGGUGUGCGCGAGGAGAUGGGGGAACAGCAACUUGCUCACCUCAGUACUCAACUGUGACUGUGAAAGGGCACCAGUGUCGUGCUGACUUCCCUUGUGGCCUCUAUCACCAAAGCUAUUACUGGUGCUACACAGACUAUCGGCAGAACUGGGAUUACUGCUGCGCUCCGCACCACUACUGUGGGAAGCAUGGUUACAGCUACCAGUGGUGCUAUGUUGGAGGUCAGACAAAGGAUUGGCAGAACUGCAAAGCCUGAGAAGCCAGCCAGGCACGGACCCUUCCACCACUGUGCAGG